CUCUCUCUUGUUUAUACCAUAAUGGCGUCCUACCUAAACGUUUUUGGCUUGCAUGUGAGAAGGACCAACCUUGGGAAAUUCAUCCACAAAGUUAACACAGUAUUUUACAGACGAACUGGGACAGACGUGGUUGGCGCUCAGGUUGACGCUGCUUCCAGACACGCUAGCGGUGAAAAGAAUGGAUGCAAGUCAUUGCACAGUCUUUUGGUGGAAAGACAAAGACAGGCAGAGAAAUCUGUUCUCAUCAGCUGUCAGUCAAAGACUAAUGAGAAAAAGUUACUGAAAUAUUUGUCAAGACACGGAGACAUCAAGAGGCACUUCUUUUAUGAAAGUUAUGGGGUCUAUGCAGUAGUGGAGUUUGCCAACAAGGACAGUGUUGCAUCUUUACUUCAUACAGUUGCAGUGCCUUGUGUUAGCCAUGAAUCCAUAGUGCCUUUUAAAUCAAGAUUGCUGUCACUCAGAAACUCUAGUUUGGUUAUCUCAUCAAACCAAUCGUCACAAAUUCAAUGCCUACCUCAAACCCCCAUCCUCAUGAAUGAAGUCAUCCAGAGGCUGUCCAAAGAAGAUACUCUCGAUAGACAGAUAACUUCCCUGACAGAAUUCUACCAACUUACAGAGGAGAACAUCAGACUCCGUUUCCUAGUCUGCUCCCUGCUCAAAGAUAUUGCUGCUGCCUACUUUCCUGAGUGCACAGUCAAACCGUUUGGUUCAUCAGUAAACGGCUUUGGAAAGCUGGGCUGUGACCUGGACAUGUUUCUGGAUCUUGACAGCAUCAGUGGGUGGACUACAGAAUUGACUAAAUCAGGUCUACUCUUAGAAUACCAGAUGAAACCGGCAAACUCAGAGCGGGCUGUCACCCAGAGCAUUCUGUCUGUCAUCGGGGAGUGUUUAGAUCAGUUUGGCCCUGGAUGUGUCGGAGUGCAUAAGAUUCUUAAUGCUCGAUGCCCUCUUGUCCGUUUCUCCCAUCAACCCUCUGGUUUUCAGUGUGACCUCACAGCUAAUAACAGGGUGGCGAUGAAGAGCACAGAGCUUCUCUAUGUGUAUGGAAAGUUGGAUCCACGGGUACAAAGCCUGGUUUGCACAGUGCGCUGCUGGGCCCGGGCUCAUGGCAUCACCAGCAGCAUAUCAGGGGCCUGGAUCACCAACUUUUCCCUCACAAUCAUGGUGCUUUUCUUCCUGCAAAAAAGAAACCCUCCCAUAAUCCCCACACUGGACCACCUACAAGACCUUGCAGAGGAACUGCUGUGUGAGUUCUUUGAGUUCUACGCGACUUUUCCAUUCAACAGAAUGUCCAUAAAUAUCAGGAAGGGACAAGAGCAGAACAAGCCAGAGGUGUCACCACUGCACAUCCAGAACCCAUUUGAAUCCUCUCUAAAUAUCAGCCAGAAUGUCAAUACUACCCAACUAAAGAAUUUUGUGACUUUGUGUCAAGAGAGUUCAUGGCUACUCUACCAGAGUAAAACCAUGUCACCCAAAGGUGUUGCAGUAGACAGCACUACCACAACUUGGGGGAUCGCCACCCUACUCCUACCAUCACGAGUGCCAGGGAUCAAAGGUCACAGGAAAAGACGGGAGCCUGCCAGUGAGAGGAUCAAGAGUUUGCUGGAAUCCUUGAAGUAUAAAACUCAGCAGAAGAAGACUAAAGACUGAGAAUCUCAAUAAUGUACUAUAACAAUAACCCAUCCUUUUGAGGCAGUACUUGGGUGUUAAAUGUCUCACUUCAAAGUGAAGAAGCAGCAUCCAAAAGUUGGACUUGUUCUCAGAAUGGAUUUGUUAGCAUUGAGAAUGUUACUGUGCUAUGUGUUUAUGUGGGAAAAUAUAGCAUUGAGACUGUACAUUACUUUUUAACUCCCUAAGUGGUUGUGAUUAAAAAUUACACUGGGUAAUACUGG